AUGCCCGACUCGAAGCCCAACGAGAAGAGGCUCGCUUUACUGAAAGAGUUCCUCGAGGACCUGCUGAAACCAGGGUAUGUGAACCAAAGAAUCGAAGAUCUGAAGAAAAAAGCCGCGAAGCUCAAGAAGGAUUCGAAGGCCCGGGCCCUGUUCCCAAUAAAGAAGACUAGCCGAAUUCUGUUGCAGGAGACCACUCCCUUUCUGUAUCGCUUCCUGGAUGUGUCGAGCGCUUCUCCUUCUGAAGAGCAGGUUGUCUCUGAUUUCAACUUCCCGAUCAUCGCGAGCUACUGCUCCUCAUUUGCGGGGGACCUCCCCACAAAGAAGGAGGCUGCAAUCUUUUGGGCCGGGGGCCACUUUCGCCUGAACGACAGCCUGACCAAGCAGGAUUGGGCAGAGGAGGAGGCGGCCGUGUUGAGAACAUUUGCCUCGUGGGCCUGUAACCGGAAGGGCAGCUCCCACGAAAAGUUGGCGGCACUGAAACAGAUCAUUCAAGCCCGAAAGAAGGACAUGAAAGCAGCUGGCAUUCCUGGGACACCGGAGGAAGACGCCGAGGAUACCGAGGAUGCCGCCGGGACCUGCAAUGCAGAGGAAGGGGGCGAGGAAGAGGCGAGGGAAGAGGAUGACUGUUUGCCGGGGGAUGGUGUGCAGAGUGACGCCGAGAAAGAUGGAACAAAGGGAACCUUCCAGGAUGAGAAAAACCAGAAGAUCCCCGCCCCGAAGCUCCCGAAGUCUGUGAAAGAGAAAGCUAAGAAGAUGCUGAACGCGCAAGCCAAGACACGGAAAGCGCUGCGACAGAAGAAGCAAGCUGGUGAUGAAGGAGAAGGCGAGGAGGCCAAGGAUACCCCCAAGGAUGAAGAGGGUGAUGAUGAGGAAGGGCAGGAGCGUGAAGAGCCAGAGGAAGAGGAGCAGGCAGAUGAGCAAGAAGAGGAGCAGCCUCCCGAGCGAGUCCCCGAGCAAAAGCCCAAAACAGCAAAGCAGGCUAAGGACAACGAGCGUCUCGCGCAGGUGAAAGACCGUUGGCGACCUCGGUUCGAGGCACUGAACAAGAAGGACCCCCGAAUGGAGCUGGACCACGGGGUGCUGUCUUCUGACAACCAAAGGUUCAACCCUUACUCGGGGUGCUUCUACAUCAUGGAUGCAACGCAAGAGCGCCUGGAUAAAGUGAACCGGAAAUUCGGGCAAGAUUUCCAGGUGAAUCGAAAGGAUGGAGCCAGCCUCGGCUGGAACAAGUUCGACUCGCUGGGCAAAGCGCCUGGUGCUUGGCAUCUGCAACCGCUGCUGAGUUGA